AUGGCUGCCAUUACAGAACAAGAGCGUGAAGUGCAGAAGAGUUACUGGAUCGAGCAUUCUGCUGAUCUGACUGUGGAGGCUAUGAUGCUUGAUUCCAAAGCAUCCGACCUGGACAACGAAGAAAGGCCUGAGGUGCUUUCUCUGCUCCCACCAUAUGACGGUAAGUCAGUUCUAGAACUGGGAGCUGGUAUUGGCCGUUUCACUGGUGAAUUAGCUCAGAGGGCCGGCCAACUUGUAGCUCUGGACUUCAUUGACAGUGUCAUAAAGAAGAAUGAACAUAUCAAUGGACAUUAUAAAAAUGUCAAGUUCAUGUGUGCUGAUGUGACAUCCCCAGACUUGAAUUUUUCAGAAGAGUCGAUGGACUUGAUAUUUUCUAACUGGCUGCUGAUGUAUCUCUCAGACAAAGAGGUUGAGAAUGUUGCUGCAAGAAUGGUCAAAUGGUUAAAAGUUGGUGGCUACAUAUUUUUUAGAGAAUCGUGUUUCCAUCAGUCUGGAGACCACAAGAGAAAGAAUAACCCUACUCAUUACAGAGAACCAAGAUUCUAUACAAAGGUCUUCAAAGAAUGCCAUAUGCAUGGUGGGACUGGAAAUUCAUUUGAACUUGCACUAAUUGGUUGCAAGUGCAUUGGAGCUUAUGUUAAAAACAAAAAGAAUCAAAAUCAGAUUUGCUGGAUAUGGCAAAAGGUUAGCUCAGAUGAUGACAGGGGAUUCCAGAGGUUCUUGGAUACUGUCCAGUAUAAAUGUAGUGGCAUACUGCGCUAUGAGCGUGUCUUUGGACAUGGAUUUGUGAGCACUGGAGGGAUUGAUACAACAAGAGAGUUUGUCGAUAAACUGGACCUUCAGUCUGGACAGAAAGUUCUAGAUGUGGGAUGUGGCAUUGGAGGAGGUGACUUCUACAUGGCUGACAAGUACGAUGUUCAUGUUGUUGGCAUUGACCUCUCCAUCAACAUGAUUUCCUUUGCCCUGGAACGUGCUAUUGGUCUCAAGUGUGCUGUUGAAUUUGAGGUUGCUGACUGUACCAAGAAAGAAUAUCCUGAAGGCACAUUUGAUGUGAUCUACAGUCGCGACACAAUUCUUCACAUUCAGGACAAACCUUCCCUAUUUAAAUCGUUCUACAAGUGGCUGAAACCAGGAGGCAAAGUCCUUAUAAGUGACUAUUGCAGGAGUGCUGGAACUCCAUCGGCAGAAUUUGCAGAGUAUAUUAAGCAAAGGGGAUACGAUCUGCAUGAUGUCAACACUUAUGGCCAGAUGCUACGAGAUGCUGGCUUUCACGAUGUUGUUGCUGAGGAUCGUACUGAGCAGUUCAUAAAAGUUCUUGAGAAGGAAUUGAGUAUCACAGAGAAGAAUAAGGAAGCAUUCAUCCAGGACUUCUCUGAAGAUGACUAUAAUGAUAUCGUUGGUGGUUGGAAGGCCAAGCUAGUCCGCAGCACCUCGGGCGAGCAGGCGUGGGGUUUGUUUAUUGCCAAGAAAAAGUAA